AGAGAGAGAGAGAGAGAGAGAGAGAGAGAGAGAGAGAGAGAGAGUUCUUCCUGAGCAUUUUUCUUUUGUUUUGAGAACAUCCUCGUUUCCAUGUUUAAUCACACCAAACCCGAGAGCCAUUUUUCACGUUCCCUAUGCGGGGUACACAGCAAAGGGGUGAACCGCGCAAUUCUGCCCAUUACCCCGCCCCCUCAGACCACCACCCCCUCACACGCUUGUAAAAAAUGGAACUGUCGUUUCCUUUAUAGCCCCCACUCCACCCCCAUACACACACACAUAAACACACACGCGUAAAAACAGUAGAAAGCAUCAUGUAGCCUGUUGGUGCCUGCAGAACCCAAACAGAACAUGUACCCGCAGGUAGAACCCAGCAGGCGGUUUGCUUUUCACUUCUAUGGUUUGAACUCAGUUUAACAGUUUGGCUUGAUGGCAGAACAUAUCUUAUAAGUACGACAGGUUAUUAUAGUUAUUUUUGAAAUAAGUAUUGAUUGCAAAACUGUGGUCUGUGUUGGCAUUGCUGAGUGAGAUGCAGAAGGUUCACGUGAUCCAUUGACUGUUCAGUUUGUGACGUUAUGCAGGCCGCAGGGAUAUAUAAGUAUUUUUCACCGCUUAUCAGACAUGACAGUUGCACACAGGACAAUAAUCACAUGAAAAUUGUACAAAUGGUACAAAACACAGCACUUGAUAAUGUAUUACAUAUUACCUCACUCUUAUACUCACAUGUACUAUAUAUACAUGUAUUUUAUAUAUAUAUAUAUAUAUAUAUAUAUAUAUAUAUAUAUAUAUAUAUAUAUAUAUAUUAAUUUUUCUGUUGUCUCUUGCGCUCGUUUAUGAAGUGAACGGUUUUCAAGCUUUUAAUGACAUGAAGAGGUACAAUUAUUACGUUCCAAAACAAAGAUCUAUUCUUUUGUUCUAUUUUGGAAUUAAAGAAUAUAUGUAAUCCACUGCAAAUGUUUUAGGGUUAGGGAUAAAAGAGGUUUCUUACUGGCCCAAGACAAGGUGAUUUUCCCCCUCAUUUCAUCCUUUUUUCUGUACUAAUUCCUUACCCGUGCGUCUCACUGCGCUUUUCAAAUAGUUUUAUUAUUAUUAUUAUUAUUAUUAUUAUUAUUAUUAUUAUUAUUAUUAUUAUUAUUAUUAUUAUUAUUAUUAUUAUUAUUAUUAUUAAUGCUGCUUUUGUCACAUUCCAAAUGCCGCAGGAUUUUCAUAUCAUGGCAUUUGUUGAACAUUUGUUACCUCCCGGACAUGUAGAUGUCCCUUUCUCUCUUUUCUCAGUGUCAACCUUCCUGUUCUUUGUAAAUAACUCAGAAAUAUAAAUAAAUGACUGAACAUGCAACAUUUCGAAUGUUAUUCUAUUUUUUAUUUUUUUUACUGUUUCAGAUGUUUUUACAUAAUGGUAUUAUUGGACUUGAAAAUAUUGGAUUGGAUUUGGAAUGUACUCUGUUUUUAAAUGAGCCUACUGUUGGAAAGCUAGAGUUUCUUUUUCAUUUUUCCUUUGUUGUAUCUGUGCACUUCUCUUCUCAUCAGGUUUUAACGCUGGAACGAACAUUUGACACACAAUAAAUAAUUCCAUAUAAUCUCAGUGUUGGUUUUGCCUACAAAGGUGCAGUGAGCUGUCUUCAGAAAUCAAGAGGCUGUGAUGAUUAAUCUCUCCCGGCCAGGAGUGAUCCUGGUACAUUACGUCCUGUAAUCUCGUUUUAAAUCACAAACCGUCCUUCCGUUUCUCUCCCGUUCUCUCCUUAAUUUAACGGCUGCUCAGAUGCGCUGCUUGCACCGGGCCUGUACAGACAGCCCUCCCCCUCCGCGCGCGCGCACACACACACACACACACACACACACACACACACACACACACACACACACACACACACACACACACGCACACACACACACACACACACACCACCCUCAGCCCUCCCUGCUUUAAACAAGUUUAUUAUUUUAACACGUAAAGAAGUAUAAUUUUGUAUACGACCCUUUACAUCACCAAUCUAUAUUUUUAAACAGCAUUAUGUGCAGAUGUGAAUUUUUGUAUCUAUUUAUUUUUUAGAUAUUACGGAAAAGGAGCGGGCCAGCGCAAUAGCUCAAGCCUUGACAACCAAAUAGAUAAUCAACAAGACGAAUGGCUUCUUUUGGGAGCAGCUCCACACAAGACCCCUUAUGCCAGGAGAGAAGGAGGGCAAAGAUCACAUAGACGUAAGAAGAGAAAAAAAAGUCGUCUUGGAAGACAUUGAAGACCCCCCACCACCACCACCACCAUCACCUCCCCCGUCUUUCCAGUGCUAACAACACAAGCCCAGAAAAGAAACUCCAGGCCAGUAGUCAGGAGUCCUCAGCGUAAGAGGAGAUGGCCUUGAGGCUACUGGAAGCUGCGACAACGGAUGGACACACACGUUGUAGUGAACAGCCCUAACUACAGAGGAGCACCUCCACCCCUCCAGAAUCCUGAUUUCACCUCGGGGAGUCCUCCACUCGGGUCAGGAUCAGUCCACUUCGCCAAGCCGCCAGUAUCAAACCAAAGGGGAAAUACAAGGUCAGGUUGCAGGGGACCGUUGGAGAGACACUGUCACGUGACCACUGGUACCAAAUGGUCUUCCGGCAGUGGUUUUCAGUAAGGACCGGAGCAAAAGAAGACGCUGCCAUCUCGCUCAGAAAUGCAGAAGACAACAUACUACGACAACUCCUCAACGCUUUUUGGUGGCUACUCGACCUACCAGGUGCAAGGAGCAGCAGCAGCUGCCAAUGGCUUUGGGGGCUACGAUGCCCCGGUCCCAGUGUCCCACCAUCAACCCCCCUUCCAGUCGCCAGCCCAUCUGGAUGUGGAUUCAUACCAACGCUCUGCCUGCUCUUUACAGUCACUUGGCAAUAAUAGUGGCCACCAGCAGCAGCAGCAGCUAGCCAAGACCAAGGAGCUGAAUGGCAGCUGCCUGCGGCCCAGUCUGCCGCCUGAGCCCCACCCUGCCUCCCAGGUGUCCCCGCCACUGCCCCCCAAAUCCAGCAAUGGCAAUGCCGCCACUCAGCAGCCGGGGGGCAGUGCUGGGUCUUCUACAGUCUCUAAAUCAGGCCCCAAUAAGUCAUCAAAUUCUUCCUCCUCCACAUCUUCUUCCACAUCAUCCAGCUCCUCUUCACUGCCACCCAACCCAACACUGGCCAAGCAGAUCUUUCCCUGGAUGAAAGAGUGUCGGCAAACAACCAAGCAGAAAAACUGUUCACCCAGCAACAACUCCGGCAAUGUAUCAGGGGGUGCAGAGAGUGGCAGCAGUGGUGAGAAGAGUCCUACUGGAGGCUCAACAGCAUCAUCCAAGCGAGCUCGUACAGCAUACACAAGUGCUCAGCUGGUUGAGCUGGAGAAGGAGUUCCACUUCAACAGGUACUUGUGCCGACCACGGCGUGUGGAAAUGGCCAACCUUCUCAACUUGUCCGAACGGCAGAUUAAGAUCUGGUUCCAGAACCGACGCAUGAAGUACAAGAAAGACCAGAAGUCGAAGGGCUUGAGCUCCAGCUCAGGAGGACCGUCUCCGACAGGUUCCCCUCCUCUGACCAUGCAGUCCUCUGCCAGCUUCCUGAACUCAAUGCACCCAAUGGGUGGGGGAGGUGGGGCACCUACCUAUGAGACCCCCUCUCCACCAUCCUUUGGAAAGCUCCACCAGGGAGUGUCUUAUUCUAUGUCCACUGCCUAUUCCAAUGUUCCUAUGAAGGGCUGCCCUCCUCAGAAAUAUGGUGCCCCCGAUCCAGACUAUGGUGAUCCACACCACAGCCUAGUGCAGGCCAACAAUGCUGGCUAUGGGACACCAACUAACAUGCAGGCCAGUCCAGUCUACGUUGGGGGUGGCAGCUAUGUGGAGCCCCUGGCUGGCUCCGGGCCCUCCAUUUAUGGCCUAAACCACCUUGGCCCUACGCCACCCCACCACCAAACCAUAGACUACAAUGGCGCAGGGCCCAUGUCAACAACCAACCAGCACCAUGUGGGUGGAGGGGGGCCCCAGGGUCCCUGUGACCCACCCACACACCCAACGUACACCGAGCUGUCAGCACACCACACCUCGACUCAGGGCAGAAUCCAAGAAGCACCCAAGCUCACCCACCUGUAGCAGGUUUGGAACAAAAUGACAAUGUAGAAAUUCGAAAAGUUAACACCGAAAAUUAAACAUUACAUGACUCACUAAGAGACAAACCAAAAUGCGGGGACUAUACCUCUGCAAUGGGACAGCAAGAGGGGCAAAGCAGGACAGAAAGGAGCCAUCCAGUGGUUUAUGAAAUGCCCUGUGCCACGUUAUGCAACAAUAAGUGUAAAACGUCACUGCCAUCAUUAGAGCAGCAUCAAAUCAUCUAUCUUAUAGAGAACACAUUUAUUAUUUUAAAAAGAUUUUUUUAUUUUGUUUUAGAAACAGAGUACUGAAAAUUAUAGCACUCCAAAAAUCAGUAGAUUCCAUAAGCUUUGGCUGAACUUCACUGUGCCAGUUGAAACCUCAGUUUACUGCAGUAAAUUAAGAAAGAAAACCUUUAAUAUGUUCACUAUUUCAUAUUUCACUACGAAGUUUGGCUUCAUGUUCAGUAUUGCUUCAUUUUUGUAAUGUAUUUUCCAACAUUUCUCUUCAUUUAGAGCUCCUAUGACAAUUUAGGAAUAAGCCCAAUUAAUGAACAUUUUACAUAACAAGAGAUCUAUAACAGCAAACAAAAUGUUGCAAUAUUUAAGUUGAAUAUUUUGAGUAUGUACAUAAAUAGCCAUGCCUAUGAAUUUAUAAUAAGCGCAUUAAUAGAUCUUUGUAGGUGUGAAACAAAUUUCAACAAUAGUAGACCAAGCAUGGAGUAAAAAAGAAAAGCCUAUAACAACCCUUUAAGACAUACCAUAUGGUUUCAAAUUGUCCUUUGACUUCAAAAUCACCCCUAAGACACAUAUAUACAUACAGCUCUCUUGCCUGGUAGAUGAAAUUGUUGAGAUUUUAAUGGGCUAUUAAUGAGGUGGUUAGAUUUAUUAUGCUGACUUCUCUCCCCUGCAGGCAACACAUGUUGUUGUCAACAGAGCUGAACUAUGUGGAGGGCUCUGUCUCUCCAUCAGCUGGAACACAAGGGAGAAAAGAAAUGUAUGACUCAAACUGGCAGUGCGGAUCUUCCUCAGAGCCUCAUGUUUUAUGAAGCACAUCAAAACCACUGGACGGCUUUCCACUCACUGUCUUUUUUCUCCCUGCAGUACCCAUCUCUAUCUGUCUAGACCCAAUCAUUGCUAACCCAAUCUCGCCUGCCCCCCCCCCUCCUUUCCAUCACACACAACCAAAUACGCACACAUACAUAUUCAUCCGUCCCAUCACUGUAACAGGGUUGAAGAUGAGGGCUUAAAGGCUGAACUAGCUCGAACAGGCACACACUUGUUCUAAACUACCUAAUGACAAAGUCAUGUCUUCAUACAGCAACACUAAGCUAACUUCCUCUCACAGACUUAUGUCUACAAACAGCUUUCCAGCUGCUGACAUAUUUAGACAAACACAAGAGGGCACAGGAUCCACAAUAUUAGGGUCCUUGUUUUAGCACAUCAUUGACACAGGGUAAAUAAUAAGAGUGGAGGCGACUAUUUAUGUUUGAAUAAGUCACUGACAUUACCCACCUUGCCCACAAACUCCCAUCCCAUUACACACGUCGGUGGAUGCCAGUGUGUGAAAGAUCCCAUUUUUUGUUGUUUUGUUUCCUUCCCACAUGUCUUGACUUUUAACGUGGAAACAGGGUAUAUAUUUGAACAAAAAAUGCAUGUCCCAGAUUUUGAGCAUAUGUGUGAAAAUAAUUUUUAAAACAACAGGGUUUAUUUGUUCAUCUGUCGGUGAGGACAUUCUGAAAAAUACGUGUCAAACACUACCGGUGGUUUAACUCAGUAUCCACAGGGAUUGGACAUUGUGGAGAAGUUGAGCCUUCCAAACUCACUGAUAAUCAGGAAGUAAACCCUUCAAGUUGUUUUUAAAAGUUCAAAUUUUACACAAAUGUUGUUUUACAGCUGGGCAUCAUUGUUGCACUUAGAGUUUACAUUUUGAUGGUUAAUGGUUAAAAUAUAAUAAUAAAAUCUUAUUUUGAAGACGGAAGGCCGUCCAAUCAAUACGUCUUUCGCUAAUGUGUGUUCAAGUGAACAUUCACAUAUAAAUAUUUAUUUGUUAUAGCCAGUUUAAAAAGAGUUUCUGUUUUGUAUUAAUAUUAUUUAUCCUUUGUGUAUUUAUAUUGAGGGGAAAAAUCCAGUACUUUUUUAGUAUUUACCUGUAAUAAAAACAUAAUUGUGUUUCCUCUUGUCCAUUGUACUGAAGUUACAUUUUUAGUUCUUGUACUUUAGAAGAAAAUAGGUAUUUUUUUUCUUUUAUUAUGAACCUUUUUAUGUUAUGAUCCUUGUACAUAAAUGUCUUGGCUUUUACAGGGAAAAGGCAAGGGUUGGGUUUGGAUAUCCACCCAUAGUAUGAAAAUAGAAACAAACUAUUAGCACGAGAGACAAAAAGUCCUUUUGGAGGAAUCAUUUUUCUGUCCUUUGUAGUUCCAUUUUUCUUCCGCUGUUGAUAAAGUUGUCUGUCAAACAAUUCUUUAAUAAAAUUUUAUGUUACUCAGA